UUGUUGCAGAAAUAGAGCCUGAAAGUGAUAAGAAAACUAUAAUGGAUUAUUCUGCUCCUGAUAUUGAAAACAGAGAUGAAGAAGAAUUCAAAUAUAUUGAUAAUCUUGAUAAUAGCUUUGAUCUUGAUCAGAAUCAGUUUAAAAACUUUCUUAAGUCACUCUAUUUAGCCAGAAAGUUAAUGGAUUUAGGUCUAUACAUAAAUAAUUAUGCAACUUGUUCGGCAUAUAAUAAAUUGUAUGAACCUA